GUAACUGUCGAUACAAUCUCUUCCAAGUUUGACGUUUCUGUUUCAUUCGCUAGUUAAUAAUAUUAUAAUUAAGUUUUCUUGUGGAAAAUUAUUGAUAUUUCCUAUCGCUUAAAUUUGAAUAUACCAAAGAGUCAACACUUCCUAUUUUCAUGAAUCCGUGCCAGAAAGUUGUGUUUACUGAAAUUGUUUUCUAGUGCAAAUAUCGCAAUGCUGAUGGCAGUUUGAUACUCUUCGGCCUCGAAUACUAAAAAAAAAAAUGUUUGUUCCACCCAAGUGAUUAAAGAAAAUCAAACGCACAUCAACAUAAGAGGCAUAAGGUGGUUGAAGUCCAACAUCGGAGAUCACAGCAACCUCAACAUGUCACUUUCUCACACAACUCUGACCAAAGAUGAGUCUCCAGUAGCACCUGAUUCCACAACAGCAGACCGCCUUAUGUUUACUGAAGGUGAAGAUAUCCUUCUCCAUGAUGAAAAUGGGCUAUUCAUUUUUGGAACAAUUGUCCAAGUUCUCCUAUUUGAUGAAAAAUGUCUUAUCCAGUUUGGAGAUGACACCGAAAGAUGGGCUCACUUUCGUGAUCUGAGAAAGAUUAAAAUCCAAGAAGAAGCACAAAUUUCAUGCACUUUGUGUAAAAGCAUACAGUCUAGUGCUUGUAAUCAUAUUUUAUUGUGCCAUUAUUGCCGAAGAGGAUACCACCAAAAUUGUCAUGAGCCUCCAUUACCAAGCCAGUUUGCAAAUGGAGAAACCAAUUGGAUGUGCAUGAGAUGCUUGGAAAAAAGACAAAUUAAAGAGAGAGACAAACUUGCCAAUUCAAAACCAGUUGAUAUACCUAAUAAAGGCAACAACAAUAACAGCAGCUCUUCCAACUUGGUUCGCAAAAAACGAAAUUUUCCUUACGACUUGGCAAAUCUUAGAUGGGAUGCAAAUCACUACACAAAUGCUGAGCAAAAGUACUGUUAUUGCGGACAGUUUGGCGAAUGGUUUAAAAGAAUGCUCCAAUGUUGUGGAUGCUCGCAAUGGUUCCACAGUGAAUGUAUAUCUAACUUAAAGCAACCGCUAUUAUGUGGUGACAGGUUUUUCCUCUUCUUAUGUUCCGUAUGUAAUAACGGUGGUGAAGAGCGCCUAACGAGACUAAGCCAAGAAAUGACGCUAGCUGACAUGGCUCACAUAGCAUUAUUUAAUUUAACCAUUGAAACGGCCAAGAAAUACCAUGAUUUGGAUACGAGCGUUUUACCUUUCAUAGAAAACAACUGGAAAUAUUUCCAACCCUCCAGCGAAUUAUUAACAUUGACAGGCAGUGAAAGACGGAUCCGAAUACUAGCAGCUUUCUGGCAGUUCAAAAACCGCUUUAUGUGCGGAAGAGAACUAAAAAAGAAAAAGACUAUGUGGGGAUUACGUUUUCGGUUGCCCUCGCCGUUCCCGUCUGUAUUAAGCCCACAGUCUCAACACAUGCUGCAAUUAUGGACAAAUCGCGACUUGAUUUCUUCAGGACCGUCCAUUGAGAACGUUUUGCCAACAUUGUCAGUUAUGAAGAAGCAAGCGGAAGGUUUUCAUAAAAACAAGAGAGCUCAUUCGGCGCUUUCAGUACGUGGUGAAAGAGAAAAGAUUUCGAAUAAGCGGGUUAGACCAUCUGAUCCCGAACUUCAACGGAAUUUGCGAGUGCGUCAACAGAGAGCCACAUCUGAGGAGAGCAUUUGUGAAGAGAGUUCUGAUGACGUGAAAUCACUGGUCAUAGCGGGGAAAAAACAGAACAAGCGCAAACGAACUAAUGGUGGUGGCGACGAAAAUUCUAGCAGUAUCUCGUCGUUUUCCGCUUCAUUGGCCACUCCCAUAGAAACGAGUAGUGAUGAAACUUCUUCUAGAGGAACAUUAGAUAUGUUUAUACCGCCUCCACAAAAUUUUGACGGCCUUAACAACCCGUUCUGUAACUUGACAUCCUACAACCAGAACCUUCCACGAAGCUCUGGCUACCUUUUCGUGCGACCGUUGAAAACGCGCCUCAGUGAAAAGGAUAUCCGAAUUACAAAGAAUGGUGAGAUUAAGCGUAAGAGAUUUGUGCGGAAGUGGAAGCGAUCUUCUCAACCUGAUUUGGCUAGCGCCCUAUUCAGCAGCGACGCAUCCUUUCGAUUCGCCAGUCCCCAAACACAUGUUUACCAACCAACUCCCAAAGAAUCUAUUCUCAGCUAUUUUGGCAUAGAAGAGCGUGUAUCUCGAGGUGAAAAAUAUACCGUGCAUGCUCGUAGGGUGCUUUCGAAGGGAGCCCUACAGUAUCUGAUACAUUGGGAAAGUGAAAAUGUAACAUGACCCAAAUAGUGUGCACUGGUCAAACAAUAUAAUGGACUGCAAA